AUGUCAACAUCUGAAUGUAUUGCAUUGGCUGCCGAUGAAAGUGGCCAGGGUGGUGCUUUGACUAUUGCUCAAUCGAUCCUCGACUCAGCAAUAAUCUUAGCUUUUAGACGUCGUAUAUUGGAUGACAGCAACGGUCAACUGGACAGCAAAUUUAGCAGUGAAUGGGUUAACUUUAGAGUUUCAGGGAGGCAGGACAUGAAGAAGUCAUUCCAAGAGGAUUUUGCAUUCCUAAAAUGGCCGACCCCCGGGACCCCAUGUCCGGCUUCUCGAACCUCAAAGAGAUGCAAAACACCCGCCAAUGUGGGCUACAGCGGCAGCUACUCUGUCCCGGCUCUCUGGGAACGGAAGAAGAAGACGAUAGUCAGUAACGACAGUGUGGGCAUUAUGCGCAGUCUAUCUACGUCCUUCGACGAGUUCUUGGAACCGCGACUAAGGAAGGUUAAUAAUCCGGUUCAGCGGACUGCGGCCGCAGGGGCUGGCGAGGGAGAUUGA